AUGUCGAAAAACAGAGCUGACAGCCCCCAGCGGCCGCCCGCUCAGCCCCCAGCGGCCGCCCGCACAGCCCCCAGCGGCCGCCCGCACAGCCCCCAGCGGCCGCCCACACAGCCCCCAGCGGCCGCCCGCACAGCCCCCAGCGGCCGCCCACACAGCCCCCAGCGGCCGCCCGCACAGCCCCCAGCGGCCGCCCACACAGACCCCAGCGGCCGCCCGCACAGCCCCCAGCGGCCGCCCACACAGCCCCCAGCGGCCGCCCGCACAGCGCCCAGCGGCCGCCCGCACAGCCCCCAGCGGCCGCCCGCACAGCCCCCAGCGGCCGCCCACACAGCCCCCAGCGGCCGCCCACACAGCCCCCAGCGGCCGCCCGCACAGCGCCCAGCGGCCGCCCACACAGCCCCCAGCGGCCGCCCACACAGCCCCCAGCGGCCGCCCACACAGCCCCCAGCGGCCGCCCGCACAGCGCCCAGCGGCCGCCCGCACAGCCCCCAGCGGCCGCCCGCACAGCCCCCAGCGGCCGCCCACACAGCCCCCAGCGGCCGCCCACACAGCCCCCAGCGGCCGCCCGCACAGCGCCCAGCGGCCGCCCACACAGCCCCCAGCGGCCGCCCACACAGCCCCCAGCGGCCGCCCGCACAGCCCCCAGCGGCCGCCCACACAGCCCCCAGCGGCCGCCCGCACAGCCCCCAGCGGCCGCCCGCACAGCCCCCAGCGGCCGCCCACACAGCCCCCAGCGGCCGCCCACACAGCCCCCAGCGGCCGCCCACACAGCCCCCAGCGGCCGCCCGCACAGCCCCCAGCGGCCGCCCACACAGCCCCCAGCGGCCGCCCACACAGCCCCCAGCGGCCGCCCGCACAGCCCCCAGCGGCCGCCCACACAGCCCCCAGCGGCCGCCCGCACAGCCCCCAGCGGCCGCCCGCACAGCCCCCAGCGGCCGCCCACACAGCCCCCAGCGGCCGCCCACACAGCCCCCAGCGGCCGCCCACACAGCCCCCAGCGGCCGCCCGCACAGCCCCCAGCGGCCGCCCGCACAGCCCCCAGCGGCCGCCCACACAGCCCCCAGCGGCCGCCCGCACAGCCCCCAGCGGCCGCCCACACAGCCCCCAGCGGCCGCCCACACAGCCCCCAGCGGCCGCCCACACAGCCCCCAGCGGCCGCCCACACAGCCCCCAGCGGCCGCCCACACAGCCCCCAGCGGCCGCCCGCACAGCGCCCAGCGGCCGCCCACACAGCCCCCAGCGGCCGCCCACACAGCCCCCAGCGGCCGCCCGCACAGCCCCCAGCGGCCGCCCACACAGCCCCCAGCGGCCGCCCACACAGCCCCCAGCGGCCGCCCACACAGCCCCCAGCGGCCGCCCACACAGCCCCUCACUACUCAACUCUAA